CACUUAGUUACAAAACAUUAGCCAAGGUAUAGAACGCAAGACAGACAGACACGUCAGAAUACAUUUGUGAAGUUAUUUACACAACUGUUUUUCGUUAUUAAAAUACAGUCAGAAGUAAAUCGUUUUACCAUGAUUCUGGAAAAUGUUAUGCUGGCGCUCUCUCUAAUUACUUCUUUAGUUGUGGCUUUGCCUGUAACGCAAAAUAAAAAGGAGGAGAACGGCAAAGAGCCAAGCAGCACACCUGCCACAGCUGACGUAGAGGCUGCAUUGGAAUAUGAACGGUAUUUACGCGAAGUUGUAGAAGCCCUAGAAGCUGAUCCCGAGUUUAGGAAGAAACUAGACAAAGCACCUGAGGCCGAUAUACGUAGUGGAAAAAUUGCACAAGAGCUGGAUUAUGUGAAUCAUCAUGUGCGCACAAAACUGGAUGAGAUAAAACGUCGUGAGUUGGAACGUUUACGUGAGCUGGCUAAUAAAGAGUUCGAGCUAAGUAAUGAUAUUGAUCGCGACCAUAUGAAAGUACCACAACACUUGGAUCAUGGCAACGAGCACACUUUCGAAAUCGAAGAUUUGCGUAAGCUAAUUCAAAAAACUUCCGACGAUUUAGCUGAGGCAGACCGUAAACGACGAGGCGAGUUCAAGGAGUACGAAAUGCAAAAAGAAUUCGAACGGGAGGCCCAAAAGAAAGUAAUGGAUGAACAGUCUCGCAAAAAAUUUGAUGCAGAGAUAAAGGAAAAGGAACAAAAACACAAGAAGCACGAGAAAGUCCAUCAUCCAGGUAAUAAAGCGCAAUUAGAAGAAGUCUGGGAGAAGCAGGAUCAUAUGGACAAGGACGACUUCAAUCCAAAAACCUUCUUUUCAAUCCACGACAUUGACAGCAAUGGAUUUUGGGAUGAAGCUGAAGUAAAAGCACUUUUCGUCAAGGAACUGGACAAAGUAUACCAAAGCAAUUUACCCGAGGAUGAUAUGCGCGAGCGUGCUGAAGAAAUGGAACGCAUGCGGGAGCAUUACUUUCAGGAAACUGACACCAAUCAUGACGGACUUAUCAGUAUAGAUGAAUUCAUGCAGCAAACCGCAAAGGAAGAGUUUCAAAAGGACCCAGAGUGGGAGACUAUUGAUCAACAGCCGCAAUUUUCGCACGAAGAGUAUUUAGAAUUUGAGCGACGACGACAGGAAGAAGUACAGCGCUUGAUUGCCCAAGGUCAGCUGCCCCCACAUCCCAAUAUGCCACAAGGCUACUAUGCAGUGCCACCGCCAGCAGCAUAUCCCGCCCCUUCGCAAGGUUCUCAAUUGCAUUACCAGCAACCAAAUCAAUUGCAUACGCAGCAGCAGCAACAGUAUCAUCAUCAACAGCAGCAAUAUGCCGAACAGCAACAGUAUGGCCAACAGCAGCCUAUUGCAGCUUAUCAGCAACCGCAACCACAGCAACCGCUUAUCUAUCAGCAGCCUAGCCAACAGCAGCAACAACCUAAUAAUUACCAGUACAUGCCACAAGCUGUCCAUCAUGAACAAGUGCCUCAGCAAUACCAACAACAAACUGUGCAGCAACAGAAUAAUAAUCAGACUCCUUCACCUGCGCAAAGCCAACAGCUUCCUGAACAGCAGCAGCAACAAAACCAGAAGCAAAACCCGCAGAUUAGAGACCAGGUGCAGCAUGAGCAGUCCACACAAAAACAAUAGAGUCCAAAAACAAAAUGAACAACAUUAAAUUAAUCAUUCCAAGAUUAUCGCGUAUUCUGCUAAGCAAAACUAUUAUCUAAAAAUUC